AUGCAGCAGGCAUCGUCCAUUGCUCUUGGUACUACUAGAGCCGAUCUGGCCGGGUUCGCCAUGGAGCAGUACCUGCAGUGGAAUCAGAUGAAGCGAACACACAAUUUCUUUCCGCAUGGAACCUCCUUCAUCCCCACCUGGUUACUCCGCUACAACAUUAUCGAGCGAAUGGGUGUAGCCCGGCCCCCAUUCUCUGCUCUCAUAGUUUUGUUAAACCAAUAUCAGGAUAUCCCGCUUGUUAAUCAAUUCAUUUUUCCAGAACUCAUGGCAAUGAAGAACAGGGCUCUUGACCUUGACCGACAUGCACUUUACAGUUACUGUGAACAACUGAUCUCAUGGGAGGAAGAGAUCUAG